GGCGCGCCCGGCCGCCGCAGCCGCCGCCGCCGCCGUCGUCGUCGUCGUCGUCGUCGCCGCCGCCGGCACCCCCCCGCGCCGCCCCCGCAGCAUGAUCCGCGGCGCCUGGAUGUACCCCCGCGGGGGCGCCGGCGGCGGGGCGGUGUGCUGCGCGCCGCGCCGCAGCGACAAGCCGGUGGCCGACCCGGAGCGGGCGCAGAAAUGGCGCCUCUCGCUGGCCUCGCUCCUCUUCUUCACCGUCCUUCUCUCCGACCAUCUGUGGCUCUGCGCCGGGGCCAAGCUGCGGGCGCGGGAGCGGAGCGGCGCCGGGCGGCCGCGGAGCCGCGGGCCGCGGGCCCUGCUGGCGGCCGAACCGGCGGGCGGCAGCUGCGAGGCCCUGCUCGGCAACCUCAGCCGGGGCCGGGGCCCCGGCCCCUGCCCCGCCGCCGCCGCCGCCGCCGGCCGCGGCGACCUGGACUCGGCCUGCGCCCGGCUGCACGCCCUGCAGCGGCCGCGGGGCUCGCCGGCCGGCGCGGCCCUCCGCUCGCCCCCCGCCGCCGCCCCCUUCUUCGCCUCUCCCUCCUCCUCCUCCUCCUCCAAGAGGACCUUCCUGCAGGCUUACUUUAGGAACUUCAACCUCUCCUUUUGUGAUACUUACACGAUCUGGGACCUGCUGCGGGAGAUGGCCGGCCCGGACGGCCUGGACUGCAGCGUGGACAACCUGAUGGUGGACUUGGUGGUGGCGGCGGCCGGGGCGCUGGGCGGGGAGGCCUGUAGCAGCUGCGUCCAGGCGUACCAGCGGCUGGACCAACACGCUCAGGAAAAAUACGAGGAGUUCGACCUCUUGCUGGAGAAGUACUUGCAAUCGGAAGAGUACUCGGUCAGAUCCUGCCUGACGGACUGCAAGGCUGUCUACAAGGCCUGGCUGUGCUCCGAGUAUUUCAACGUGACCCAACAACAGUGCCGACACCGGAUCCCAUGCAAGCAAUACUGCCUGGAGGUGCAGACCAGGUGCCCGUUUGUGUUACCGGACAAUGACGAGCUGAUCUAUGGAGGUUUGCCUGGCUUCAUCUGUACGGGGCUGCUGGAGAACCAGCUGCCCGACGAGGAGGCCAAGUGCUGCGAGGUGCAAUGGGACUCCUGCGACCACCCCCCAGACAGCAACGGCAACACAUCCCCCGAAUCCACCGCGUCAGAGUCACUCCAUUUCCACCGCCACGACCCCCACCUCCAUCACCAGCGGCAGAACCACUACCACCUCUACCACCACCACCACCACCACCACCAGUACCACCAGCCCCACUCCCCAUCCUUGCUGCCGGUCUCCGCAGGGUCUCGCCUCGGCAGCAGCAGGAUCAGACUGUGCGUGCUGGUCCUGAUGCUUCUCCACACCAUGGUGUCCUUCUCGAGCGUGCACGGCGGCGGCGGGGCGGCCGGCGGAGGGCUUAGCCUGGAGGCCCUGCCCGCCCUGGAGGAGAGCGUGGCACGGGACGAGUGACACGGAGGGGAAAGCCGACCUCCAAGAAGAACGCCAGAUCUUUUUCCACUAAGGGGGGCACAUGCUAUUCCUCCAAUGGGAGGCACGGGAUUGGGGGUGACGCACACACACACACCCCCGCACAUACCCCCAAGAGCUGCUCGCCGCGGGGCAUCCCCGUGAUGAAGAGUCUCUAAUGCGCACAGGGCUGCGGGACUCGGCUUUGAGAAGGGUUCGGUCAGUAGCAGCCGGGCAGCGUGGCGUGCCCGGCCUCGCCGAGGCGCCGGCGCGGGAAGCUUCUUCUAGCCUUCAGUACAUUCAGACAUCACAGUUGCGGGAUGCCUUCAAAACCUGAGAUACUCCCGUACGUUCACGGGAGUUUAAAUUUGGAAGAAAUUCAAUGCGCUGGUCCGGCGGGGAUGCCACAAAGCAAGAGAAGCAACCGCCGCGGUUCAACAAGAACCGUUUUAAGGGAGAGCACCGAAGAGAGCCCCAAAGAAAGCAUCCUUGCCCUCUUGCCCUUCUCCGUUGGGAGCACGGGAGAUGCCGUUUCUGGCAGCCGAGGCGAGGUCUCUCUCUGCCCCUCUGCUGCCGGCGAGGGCCGGGCUGGGGGGUCCCGGCACGCCGGCGGGCACGAGGCGCGGGGGGGACCUCGGCAGGGACCGGGAUGGCUUUGCCUGUGUGUGUGUGACCAGGCUGCUUGUGACCGAACCCUUCUCAAGUGCUCGUGAAAUGUCGGUGGUUACAGAGCUCAGACCUACAACAAAAAAGGUCCUUUUACAGUACGUGGUGGCGGGGUGAAAAAAACCAACAAAACCAACCAUACUGCUGAAGUCAAAAUAUUCUUUCUAAUCCCCCUGCCCGGUUUCUCUUUCUUUCCAGCUUUCUUCCUCUGCCUCCCGGACCCUCCCUCUCUGUUCCCACCCCCCUUCUGUUUCUCUUUCUCCCCUCUGUCAUAAGAAAGUGACUGUGUCCUCGAGGGGACAGUUUUCUUAUGCCAUUUUAUACACUGUGCUUCAUGUUUAGAACUUUUUUGCACUAGUUCCUAUUACAUUUAUUUUCCAAAAUGGUUUGACAGAAAACAAACAAAAAAACCCAACAAAAACACAAAACCAUGCUAUAAUUCAGUUGUAUUAAAAAUAUUAUCCUACUACUCUCUGUGUUCAAUAGUCUCUGUACCUGUAAUGCUUUCAGUUCUGUUGUAUUUUGGGGCAGAGGUUUUCUCCGCUCCUUGUUUAACCCAGUAAAGAAAUAAAAUGUUAAGAAUUGAUGAUAA